CGAAACGGUCUAGUGUAGGAAAUGUCUUCAAAAGAUCGGAUUGCGUAUUUCUAUCACGGCGAUUUGCCCAAUUACUACUAUGGACCGGGUCAUCCCAUGAAACCACAGCGUCUGCGACUGACGCACAAUCUUCUCCUCACAUAUAAGCUAUAUCGUUUUCUCGAAGUCUAUAAACCACACAAAGCUUCCGCUGAGGAGCUAGAGCGCUUCCACACGAAGGAUUACAUUGAUUUCCUGAGCAACAUCAAUCCUGGCAUUAUCGACAGCUACAAAGACUCCAUGCAAAAAUACUCCAUGUCCAACGAAGCGGAUAACCCCGUUUUCGACGGCAUUUACGAUUUCUGCUCCAUGUACACGGGCGCCUCUCUCGACGCCGCCUCGCGCCUCAACCAAGGUCUCAACCAAGUCUGCAUCAACUGGUCUGGCGGUCUGCACCACGCGAAAAAGGCCGAAGCCUCCGGCUUCUGCUACAUCAACGACAUCGUUCUGGCGAUCCUGGAGCUUCUCAAAGUGUUUCCGCGCGUAAUGUACGUAGACAUCGACGUGCAUCACGGCGACGGCGUGGAAGAAGCGUUCUACCUGACGAACCGCGUAAUGACGGUCUCCUUCCACAAGUACGGGAACUAUUUCCCCGGAACGGGCAACGUUUCGGACGUGGGCCAGAAAGAAGGAGCGAACUACGCGGUGAACAUCCCGCUCAAGGACGGCAUGACGGACAACGCGUACAAAUACAUCUUCGAGCCGAUCAUAACGAAGUGCGUGGAGACCUUCCAGCCCGGCGCGAUCGUGAUGUGCUGCGGCGCGGACAGCGUGACAGGCGACCGUCUGGGGUGCUUCAACCUGACGCUUCGCGGGCACGCGGCGUGCGUCGAGUUCAUUCGGAAGCUGAACUUACCGAUGCUGGUGCUGGGCGGAGGCGGGUACACGAUCAAGAACGUGAGCCGAACGUGGUCGUACGAGACGGCGGUGCUGCUGCGGAAGGAAGUGAGCGACGAGAUCCCGUAUAACAACUUCAUUGAGUGGUACGCGCCGACGUACAAGCUGCAUUUGGACCCGUCGCCGACGCUGGAGAACAAGAACUCGCAGGAGUAUUUGGAUAAGAUUUAUCAGCAAGUGUGCGAGCACUUGAGGCAGAUCGAGGGCUGUCCGUCGGUGCAGAUCAAGGAGAUGCCGCGCGUGUAUAAUGCGGAGAAGAGGGUCGGAGAGGAGGAGGAGCGCGGCCCGGAAGCGGGAGAGGAGAGGAAUGGGAUCGAUGCGCAUCGGCAGAGCGAGAAUGAGUUCUAUGAUGGACCGGAUGAUGUGGAUAAGGGAGAGGAAGGCGAGGUGAAGGUGAAGACGGAGAAGGAUAAUUGAGGUGGAGCAAGUCGAGCAGAAGGAGUGAUGAAUGAAUGAAUGAAUGAAUGAAGGAAUGAAUGAA